GGCCUUUGCCUAAGCCGGCUGGCGAAGUGCGCGCGCAGGACUCCCAGGCGCCGGGUCGGGGAAGGCACGCGGAGGGGAGGGGAGGGAGCAGCAGCAGGUUGUCUUGGGAAGAGGCGGGCGGGCGGAGGCUCCCUACUCUCCCAAGUUGUCCUGCGUGGCGAGAAGUUUGCGGCGGCCGGCUCUCCUUCAGGAGGCGCACCGGGGUGCCGGGCUCCCGGCGGGAGGGAGGCAGGAAGGCAAGGCAAGGCAGCUGUGGCGCGGCGGACCCCCCAAGGCAGCGUUGGGCGGGGUCGCCAGGGAGCCGCGUGAAGGACGCCUGGCAUGGGAAGAAGGACGCCACCCUGGCAAGCCCAGCGCCGCCGCCGCCUCCUUCUCCUCGCCUCCUGCGCCUGCCGGCAACCGGGAGCAGCAGCUCCCCCAGGGCAACACCGCUGAACUUCGGAGCCUGGGUUGGGGUUGGCUCCCCUGUCCAGCGUGGAAGUGUGGCGGCGGGCGCACUUUCCCUUCUUCGGAGCCGUGAAGGAGAGCGGCUGCGGAGGAAGGGGAGCGAAGGAGCUCCCUGGAGGUAGCCGAGAGGCCCGCCGCGGGGUCGACCAUUCUGUGCUGGAGGAAUCCCGGGGACUCCUUUCCCAUGGAGACCGAGGAGGAGGAGCGGCGCGCUCGGCAAGAAGCGCGCGCCAGCGACGUCCACAGGGUGGAUCCAUAUGGGUUUGAAAGGCCAUCAAACUUUGACUAUACAACGUACGAAGAAUUUUUUUCUGGGUAUCUAGUGGUUCUCACCAGAAGAGCAAUUCAGUGGUCCAAGCUUUUAAAGGGAAAUAAUGGUUUACCAAAAAGUUUAAAAGUGAAACGCUACAUCAGAAAAGGCAUUCCGAAUGAGCAUCGCGCGCUAGUCUGGAUGGUUGUGAGUGGCGCGCAGGCCCACAUGGAACAAAACCCUGGAUACUACCAGAAAUUACUUGAAGGAGAGAAAAAUGACAAGUUGGUGGAAACAAUUAAGACAGAUAUGAACAGAACAUUUCCGGAUAACAUUCGGUUUCGCAAAACUGCUGAUCCCUGUUUACAGAAGACACUCUACAAUGUAUUAGUGGCAUAUGGGCACCAUAAUAAAUCUGUGGGAUACUGUCAGGGCAUGAACUUCAUAGCUGGAUACUUGAUUCUUAUUACAAGAAAUGAGGAAGAGUCUUUUUGGUUGUUAGAUGCUCUCAUUGGCCAAAUAUUACCAGAUUAUUAUAGUCCAGAAAUGAUGGGCUUGAAAAUGGAUCAAGAAGUCCUGGGAGAACUUGUAAGAAUGAAAAUACCAGCCAUUGCAGAAUUAAUGGACAGACAUGGAGUUAUGUGGACGUUGGUGGUAUCCCGUUGGUUUAUCUGCUUGUUCAUUGACAUUCUUCCCGUAGAGACUGUACUUCGAAUUUGGGACUGCUUGUUCUAUGAGGGGUCCAAAAUAAUCUUUCGAGUGGCUUUAACAUUAAUUAAGCAACACCAAGCUUUCAUUUUGGAAGCCAACAACUUCCCGGACAUCUGUGAUAAAUUUAAGCAGAUCACCCAAGGUCCAUUUGUAACAGAGUGUCAUACUUUCAUGCAGAAAAUAUUUACAGAUCCUGGAAGUCUGCGGAUGGCUACCAUAAACAAACUUCGGGAAACUUGUAGAGAAAAGUUGAUUGCUCAGAGAUAAAUGGGACAAUAUUUAAAAAUGACCUACUGCGAAUGUAGGUACAUUCCUUCACUUCAUUGCACUGAAUCAUGCUCAGUUUCCACAGUCCAAGGGAGUAUUGACUGGCAUUUGACCAAUUAUUUCCAGUCUUUCAAGUAAGUCUUGUGAACUGGAUAACUUAAUCAUUUUUUAAAAAAUUACUGUAUAAAUAAAAUGUGAUCAGUGUGGUGUUAAAUUCUUCGGGAGGGGUCAAAGUCACUAUUUGAGGGAAAAUUUUUGUGUAAUGUUUAAGUGAAUAAAUAGGUUUAUAAAUAUUUACAUUAAUUAUGAAGGUACAAAAUAAAAAUUCUAUUUAUUUGCAAAA